AUGAAAAUUACGAGCACGUCUUGCAUCUGUCCAGUCCUCGUGUGUCUCUGUUUUGUGCAGAGGUGUUAUGGAACUGCUCACCACAGCUCCAUCAAGGUGACCAGAAAUCAAACCAAGCACAUCGAAGGAGAGACCGAAGUCCACCAUCGUCCCAAAAGGGGAUGGGUGUGGAAUCAGUUCUUUGUUUUAGAAGAACAUAUGGGACCCGAUCCACAAUAUGUUGGAAAGCUGCACUCCAAUUCUGACAAAGGUGAUGGGUCUGUCAAGUACAUCCUUACUGGAGAAGGUGCUGGGACCAUAUUUAUCAUUGAUGAUACCACGGGUGACAUCCACUCAACGAAAAGCCUGGACAGAGAGCAGAAGACCCACUAUGUUCUCCAUGCCCAGGCUAUUGACAGACGGACAAACAAGCCUCUUGAACCGGAGUCCGAGUUCAUCAUCAAAGUGCAAGACAUCAAUGACAAUGCUCCAAAGUUCACAGAUGGACCAUAUAUCGUUACCGUGCCUGAAAUGUCAGAUAUGGGUACCUCUGUUCUGCAGGUGACAGCUACUGAUGCAGAUGACCCUACCUAUGGAAACAGUGCCCGGGUGGUUUACAGUAUUCUCCAGGGACAGCCCUACUUCUCCGUAGAUCCUAAAACAGGAGUUAUUAGAACGGCCUUACAUAACAUGGACAGAGAAGCCAGAGAGCACUACUCGGUGGUCAUUCAAGCCAAAGACAUGGCUGGGCAAGUCGGAGGGCUUUCAGGAUCCACGACGGUCAACAUCACCCUGACCGACGUCAACGACAACCCCCCACGCUUUCCUCAGAAGCAUUAUCAGCUGUAUGUUCCUGAGUCAGCUCAAGUUGGUUCAGCUGUUGGGAAAAUCAAGGCAAAUGAUGCAGACACUGGUUCAAAUGCUGACAUGACAUACUCCAUCAUUAAUGGUGACGGUAUUGGAAUAUUCUCCAUCUCUACUGACAAAGAGACCAGAGAAGGGAUCCUUUCCUUAAAGAAGCCACUGAACUAUGAGAAAAAGAAGUCCUACACCCUCAACAUAGAAGGAGCAAAUACACACCUUGAUUUUCGCUUCUCUCACUUGGGUCCCUUUAAAGAUGCCACCAUGCUGAAGAUCAUUGUCGGGGAUGUGGAUGAACCACCUCUAUUUUCCAUGCCCUCCUACAUCAUGGAAGUCUACGAAAAUGCCAAGGUUGGAACUGUCGUUGGCGCAGUUUUGGCACAAGAUCCUGACAGUGCUAACAGCUUAGUAAGAUACUUCAUUGACUACAAUGCUGAAGAUGACAGAUUCUUCAAUAUUGAUGCCAAUACUGGAUCUAUUAAGACUACAAAGGUUCUUGAUAGAGAAGAAACUCCGUGGUACAACAUCACAGUUGCUGCUUCAGAAAAUGACAAUCCUGGUUUGCUGAGCCAUGUCACAGUGGGUAUUAGAGUUCUGGAUGUCAAUGACAAUCCACCUGAACUUGCCAGGGAAUAUGAUAUUGUUGUCUGUGAAAAUUCUAAGCCUGGCCAGGUUAUUCAUACCAUCAGUGCCACUGAUAAAGAUGAUUUUGCCAAUGGACCAAGGUUUAACUUCUUUCUUGAUGAACACCUGUCUAUAAAUCCAAACUUCACCCUGAAGGACAAUGAAGAUAACACAGCCAGCAUUCUGACAAGGCGGAGGAGAUUUAGUCGAACUAUUCAGGAUGUGUAUUAUCUCCCCAUUAUGAUCUCUGAUGGUGGAAUCCCCUCUCUCAGCAGCAGCAGCACCCUCACCAUCAGGGUUUGUGCAUGCGAGAGAGAUGGGCGCGUGCGGACCUGCCAUCCCGAAGCGUUCCUGUCCUCCACUGGUUUGAGUACAGGAGCCUUAAUCGCUAUUCUUCUGUGUGUUGUCAUUCUCUUAGCGAUUGUAGUACUUUUUAUCACCCUGAGACGCAGCAAAAAAGAGCCCCUGAUCAUUUCAGAGGAGGACGUACGGGAGAAUGUGGUCACCUAUGAUGAUGAAGGGGGCGGGGAGGAAGACACUGAGGCCUUUGACAUCACAGCCUUGAGGAACCCGUCUGCAGCUGAGGAGCUCAAGUACCGGAGAGAUAUCAGGCCUGAAGUGCAGCUCACGCCCAGACACCAGACAUUGUCCACCCUGGAAAGUAUAGAUGUUCAGGAAUUCAUUAAGCAAAGACUGGCAGAAGCUGACCUCGAUCCCAGUGUCCCUCCUUAUGACUCUCUUCAGACUUAUGCCUAUGAGGGUCAGAGAUCAGAAGCUGGUUCUAUCAGCUCCUUGGACUCAGCCACUACACAAUCAGACCAGGAUUAUCAGUACCUUGGGGACUGGGGACCAGAGUUUAAAAAGUUGGCUGAACUCUAUGGAGAAAUAGAAUCUGAAAGAACAACUUAGGGGGUCAAUUCUUUCACCAUUCUAGAAUUUUGCUGCCUGAGCAAGUGAAGACAUAACCUCAGCCAUGACAAGGAAGAAGUGUGGACACAGUACUUGGAACUGAGCAAGCUGUACACAGCCACUGUAGAAACAAGUGCCCUUUUCAUGAUCGAAACUGGGUUAUUUAAUCAGGAGAAAAGUCACAUUAAACAAAACAACACAGAGAAAAAGCUAUUGUAC